AACGGCUACCGAAUGUCUUUAUUAUCAGCCGAAAUUUCUGCGUUGGGCAGGUAAAGACCCACAUUUUAUCAAUAUUUUACAUGGCGCAUUACACAGUGAACCGGAGCUACCAACUGAUCUUUUUAACGAUGUUGAUUCGUCGGGAAAGCAACACAUGAUUAUUAUAGAGACAAAUUCAACGAGUGCUGGUUUAUGCCAAAUGCCUGCUGUUUGGUCAAUAGAUCCAAUGGGUAUUUACAAAUCUGUGAUAGAAUCCGCAUUUAAUGAUAUUCUGGAGAAGGCAGAUCCCUUGUUAGGUGGGCUGGCUGUGGUCCAUUAUACAAACGUAAUGGAAUCAUCUGGGUAUGCUGCUGCUUUGGCUGAAGUUGCGAAAGAAAAGGUUUGGCUUGUGACUUGGAAAUUCGAUGAUCCAAAUCCUCCUCUUAAAUGGCUUCAUCAGAUUCUCUAUAUUCGUGAUGCAAAUGGAGAAUGGCAUUCAAUACGAGCAUGCUUCCGUAUGGGAAUGAAAACACCGUGGAUAGUAUAUCCACUUAUCACUCGUACAUUAGUAAUGAAUCCAGUCGUCACCUGCUUAGCCGGUGGUCGAAAUAAAAUGAUGGCAUCAAGAGCUUACGAGCUAUUUAACGAAGAACUUUCAGGAUCUGGACUAACAGUGAAAUACCCAAAGACUCUAUGUAACUUGAAAAAAGCAGAAAUUCCGACUCAAAUCAAGCAAAUGGGCGGGCAUGCAGUUAUAAAAUCACCUUAUAGUAGUGUUGGAAGUGGCGUGUAUACCAUUACCAAUUCCAAAGAACUACAAAAUUUUCUCGACGAAAAGCAUCAUUACGAUAAUUUCCUUUUGCAAUCACUUGUUGGCAACAUUUCUUGGUAUAAAACUCUUCAGCCUGAACAAUAUUACAUCACUGGUUCUAAUCCUGGCGUAUUCGAGGACAACUAUCUGAUAGAUUUCCGUAUGGUGCUUUCUGGAUGUAAGAAAGGAUUUCGUCCUGUGUGUGUUUAUGCAAGGAGAGCACGUACACCAUUGGUGGAAGAUUAUCGAGACCUUUCAGCUUUGAACUCAUGGGAUAUGCUUGGAAUAACACUCACCGUACCAGACUCUACUGGGAAGCUCAUAAAAGAAAUAGAUCGCUUAAUUCCUCUCGACAAAAAAACAUUUGACCAAGCCAAAAUUGAUAUUGACGAUUUAGUCGAUGCAUACGUUCAAUCGUUCUUAGCUACGAUUGCAAUCGACAAGAUGUCUAGUCGCUUAAUACGCGACGAUAAAGAAUUCAAUUAUGCACUGUUUAAAGAGAUGAAUCCAGAUCCGAUGCUUUUACGAGAAAUUGAUUCUUCUUCCAAAAGUUGA